CAGUGUUGGUCUUUAACUCUAACCAACUCGGUUUAUUACCGUACUGAUAGAUCUCUUCUUGAAGCCGACACGCGUGCGAAUGUGAUACAGAAUCUAAGAAAAAAAAAUCGAGAGCUUCGACUGAAAAAAAAAUUGUCCAAUGUAAAUUCAGAUUGUGAUCGACUUGUGAUUAGAAAAAAAUUAAUAAUAGAUGAAUGUGAUCCAAAUUGCCAUCCAAGUAUUAUAGAGCGAUGGGGGAUGAAGGUUUAGUGCUGAGUGCUCCUCUUCGCGCCUUCGAAAAUGUGAUAAAAUUCGAGUGAUUUUCGGACUUGUGAUACGCCAUAUCGAAUCUGACAAACUUGUGAUACUCCGACUGAUUAAUUUAGAGAGAUAAGAUGGUAAGCGGGCGCUGCGUCUGGGGGUCGCUCCCCGACUCCGGGAGAACUAUAAAACUGCUCUUAAUCCUCAUUAUGAUAACGCCGACGUUUAGUGAUAAGGAAAUCCGGAACCGAUCAAACAGUAUUGUGAAAAGACGAUUCGCGGACAAUCUGGAGCCCACCCAGGCCUCGGCCUGCGGCUCGUGCAAGAUGCGCGAGGAGAUCAAGAGCCGCAACCUGGAGGUGAUCAAGGGGGAGGUCUUGCGGCGGAUGGGCUUCCAGACCGCCCCCAACGUGACGGGGCGCGUGCUGCCCCCGGUGCCGCCGCACUUCCUGGCCAAGGUGGACCAGGAAAUGGGCGGCAUGCAGAGCGACGAGCCCAGGUUCAAGACGGGAUACUCCAUCACGGAGGAAGAGGACGACUACCACGUCAAAACGCAAGAAGUCCUCACUUUCGCUCAACCAUAUCCAAGACUGAGGCAUAGUUGGCGUGGGCACGACAUCCUCCACUUCAUGUUCUCCGACAGCAUAACGAAGUAUCACGUGAGCAACGCCACGCUGUUCGUGUACGUGAAAGGUGCAGAGCGGCGCCCUCUACCGGAUGUUCUCAUCGAGGUGUUCAAGGUUUACAAAGCUCCGGACCAUCCGGACACUCCGGGGCUGUACAGGAUGGUGAGCAAGAAGGUGACGCAGCCGUUCGGGAGGGGAGAUUGGGUCAAGUUGGACCUCACCAUCACGGUGUCGGAGUGGUUCAAGAACCCGAGGGAGAAUUACGGGUUCGUGGUGAACGGGACGGCGAACGGGAAGAAGGUGGUGGUGACGGAUACGAGUUUGGACGACGGUAGUAAGGCGCCCUUCGUCGAGGUGUCGACCAUGGAAGCCCGCCGCCGCACCCGCCGCAACGUGGGCCUCAACUGCGACGACAAGAUGAACGAGCCCCUCUGCUGCCGCUACCCGCUCAUCGUGGACUUCGAGGAGUUCGGCUGGGACUUCAUAAUCGCCCCCAAGCGGUACGACGCCCACUACUGCUCCGGCGAGUGCCCCUACGUCACCCUGCAGCGGUACGCCCACACCCACAUCACCAAGAUCGCCUCCCCCAACAGCGCCCACCCCUGCUGCGCCCCACGGAAGAUGAGCUCCAUCACCAUGCUCUACUUCGACCAGCAGCUCAACGUCGUCUUCGGCAGCCUGCCCGGGAUGGUGGUCGACCGGUGCGGCUGCUCCUAAUGGGCCGUUCUCUCUUAAUUCGUUUUACUUUUUUAAUUCCUCCUUAAUUUAUUCGUGGGACGCUGGCCGAGCUGGUGAAGUGUCGAGUGACUGGAGCCGCUUAAUCUGUUGUAAAUAUUUUGUAUAAAUAUGUGAUACGUGUAGUCUAAGUUUUUUUUAAUAUUUAUUUUUGUACAUUAGCUAGCAAAAUUUUUUACGAGUCCAGUGAUAAAUUGUUUGUUUUGUUCGCGAAAACGAGUGAUAAAUUUAUGCACAACGGCGUUGCUUUUGUGAUACGACGGCCUUAAGGGAAGAAAAUAUUUUUCGAAAAAUCUUUCAGGAUGUUUGUGAUAAAUUUCCAAAAUUUCUACUGAUGUAACAUAUUUUUGUAAAUAAAGACUGUUCUUAGAUUCGACUUGUUUUGUAGGAUCUCUGAUUUUCGUUUUUUUUUUUUUUAAUUCGGUUAGUUGCUAAAAUUACUUGUUUUGUGUGGCUCAUGCAGUAUUCAUAAAAAAUCAAUCUUCAUUUUUAUUUUUUCCGUUACUUUUUUUGGUUUAUGAGUAUUGCCUGAUUUCUCUAUGUGUCGUGUGUUUUGCUUUUAUAAUUGUAAAUUAGUUGUAAUUAAUAGAAUUUUGCAAAAUAAAUACAUCUACAAACGA